UGUUGUUGGUGCCUUACCAAACUAACAUUUUAGAACAGUGUGAAUAAAGUAGAACACCCACACGGGUAUGAUAAUUCUUUAUAUAGGUGUUGCUAUGUUGUGCAUCUUUGUCAUUUGUAAAAUACAGGCUCUGCUGUAGAGAAAGCAGUAACGUGGCAAAACGAGCUAAAAGUAGUGUGGUUUACUAAAUAAAAAACGUGACCCAGCCUUUCGCGGUUUACAGAUAAAGAACUAAACUGCUUAAAUGUGCGGAUUCCUUUCUCUGAUAGGCGCGUAAGCGUUUGGUUCCUAACACCAGAGUUUAUGGCCCCGCCGCUUCAGCUGCCGCUGCCCGGUGUGCCGUGUUACACACCUUCCCAGACAUGAAAGACCCGCGCGGAGCGAGGCGCACUGACAGCUGCUCCGCGUCACCUUUACAGAAAUACCGGCCAAAACACCUCGUUCCAUUAUUUUAACUCUUCGCCGCUCCGUGGCAGCAUGACUCUCCAAUCACUAGUAUUAGUUUCCUUGCAUUAAACUGUCAAUGAGCGCCACAUACACUUACAAUCGCUCUCCCACAAAAGACAGUGUAAUUAUUUUCUUUCUCGAGCGCAGUACCAAGUCCUUUAGACUUUAUUCACACUUUGGUGACAAAGAAGCUCGUGUCUUGGUCCCGGUUUGCCACUCCGACUCUCUUUGAACUCCCUAAAAAGCUGUGAACUCGUAAACUCCGCGCUGGUAUAAAACCUCCUCGGUUGAGCUGCUGUUAAACACGAGCUCUGUGAGGACCAGCAGCAGCAUGGCCAGCCUCGCUGAAGAACUCGCUCAGACGGACGCGGACCUCCUGACAGCCAAGAUUCUGUCUCAGUGGGACUGGAGGGCUCUGGAGGCUCCGCAGCAGGCCUCGCUCCGGUUCCUGACCACCUCCUAUUCCCCGGAGUCGUCCCCAUAUUCCAGCCGCUCCUCGCCGGAGCCGCAGGGCGUGGACGGAGAGCUGGUUUUCGCGGACUUUCCCUACGACAGUCCGCAGGGCCGGAGAGAACAAGGCGGCCAGCGGAAGGCAAACAAACCUAAGAUGUCGAGCAGGAGGCGCAUGAAGGCCAGCGAGAGGGAGAAGCUGCGGAUGAGGAGUCUGGCGGAGGCUCUGCACCAGCUGAGGGAUUACCUGCCCCCGGUCUACAGCCGCAAAGGACAGCCACUGACCAAGAUCCAGACUCUGAAGUACACCAUCGAGUACAUAAAGGAGCUGUCGGACAUUCUCAACCAAGACUGACUGUAGCUGAUAGAACAGACUCCAAACAUGAACGCUGCUGGCCACCGUUUGUACAGAUUUUGAACUUUAUUGACUGGCCUACUAUUGUGUCUUAAUUCUGGUGUAUAUAGUCCUUCUGGCACUUGAUUACUGUGUCCAUUUUUAUUUGACCUAAUCGCGUAUGUGUGUGUUUAAUAUUGUGGGAAUUAUAUGGCAGAAUAAACAUUUGGUUUCUUUUAA